AUGAACACGCCUGUGCGGCCAUCCGCAGCAACGCAUCGCUAUGCAGCUCAACACAUCUUCAACAUGAUAUACCCCCUGUGCAACGGACAACGACCGUGCAAUACCUGCAUCAAAAGACAGCUUGCGUGCGUGUACACACCGGCGCCUGUCAACCUGGAACCAGAUGAAAGCCCCGUCGGGUCACCAGCAAAGCGGCGCAAUGUCGACACAUCGCCUACGGCGUUCAAGUUGGAAAUGUCCAAACCUCGUCGGCAGUCCUCAGUGCACAUUCCAGCCUUGAGCUCUUGGGAUAUUGCUGAAACAUCAGCCAUGGGUAUGACCAAAUCAGACAUUUCUCAUACACCCGGGAUCAAGUUCCACAUGUCACCGAGUCUGAGCGCGGCCAAUGGCGAGCUUGACCAGGACUCCCGGUCAAGGAUGAGCACCAUCAAUAGCACGGCGGAUGAAGCUGACCUCUAUCCAUCGCAAAGAAUGCUACAGGAUUCGACAGGGAGAUUAUUAUACGUCGGCGAUUCAGCCACGUUGUCUUAUCUACAAUUGAUACGCAUAAUUGUGGACGGAAUAGCUGGCGAAUCUAGGUUCACAAAAGACCCGAAGCGUCAUAUGAUUAUGGAGGCUAGGAUCGAUCCACCUCCAUGUAACACGCCGCCAGGUGUGCUACCAGAUAGAAGGACAGCGGAUGUCCUGGUGGAAUCAUAUUUCGUCAACACAUCUGGUCUGAUUGAGGUGUUUGAUAGGAGGACAUUUCUGGAUCAGUUGAAUCAAUGUUACUUCGACCCGCUUACUGUUGAUCCGGCUGUAAUAUGUCAACUCAACCUAGUCUUUGCUAUUGGACUUGUCCUUUCGAAGCCAGUGAUUGGAAGUGAGGAGGAAGCAAUCAUCCAAAAAGUCCGCGAAAACAAGACAGUCAACCGAGCUGAGGUAUUUUUCAGGAACGCUAAAGGGCUUGCCGAUCCGAUCUCCGGCUUCGAGGACGCAGAUUUCUGGUCUGUUCAGGCGCUUGUACUAAUGGUAAUUUACAUGCUGUCCGUUUCUAAGAGAAAUGCUGCAUAUGCUUAUUAUGGUAUGGCCGUACGAUCGGCAUUCGCCCUCGGAUUGCAUCGUGAAGAGGACUCUGUCAUUUUCACUCCAAUGCAACGAAAAGUGCGGCGGAAUCUUUGGAGGAGUCUUUACGUUCUUGACCGGUUCUUGUCAGCGUCUCUUGGGAGGCCGACUGCAAUCUCAGACGAAGACUGUUCAGACCACGCCUUUGAUGCCACUGAGAAGACCUUUGAGACUGAAGUUGAGGAAACCAACUCGGCUGCAUUAGAUGCUGCCGUAAGAAGUUGUCGGGUUAUUGGAUUAACCCUUAAGAGGGUUUAUUCUCAACGAAAGAUAUCCACUGCAGUGGCCCAAGAUAUUGCAGUAGAGCUGGAUGAUUGGAACAAGUUACUGCAUCAAAGUCUCCAUUGGAAGCAAGCCAAAAACAAGUCCAUGGGCGUGAGCCAUGGUAUCGCAAUCUUGCAUAUCAACCUCCUGCAGUGCCAUUCGAUCAUACUCCUUGCGCGACCUUUUUUCUUGUUCAUUCUCAAGGCAGGUAUUGAGCAUAAACCUUCGCGACUGAGCCAAAGGAUGGAAAGCUUCGCUCAGACCUGCGUGGAAGCUGCACAACACACCAUAGCCGUCGCUAAAACUGCAUUAGAAGGAAACUAUUUGUCACAAUGUGACCCUUUUGUAAUCUACUUUGUUUUCGCGGCUGGUUUGAUAACUCUGAGCAACGAAUUCGCCUCACUGUACCGGAACCCAGAUGCGGACAAGGCCAUUCAGAGCUGCGUGGAGAUCCUCAGAUACUGCGCUGAAAGAGAUGCGCAGGCACAGAGAGUGGUUUAUAUUGUCGAAGCUUUUCAUGAGGCGAAUCUGAACAGGCCUGCAAAUGCUCGGAGUAUCUCAUUUCUCAAACGGAGAGUGCCAACGAUCAUACCAGUCUCGAGCAACCAUCAACAUGACCCUAUGGCCCAUUUCUUCGCCUACACCAAAAGCAGCCCAGGGCAGCAGCUUCCAGCCUUGGCCCCAUCGCGCAAGCAUGGCCGUUCAAGUAUACCUACUUUCCAUCCGGGUUCGGUUCCGCCAGUAUUUCCUCGAAUACUGCAACAACCUAGUCCGGAUGCCACAGGGGCGUCGCCAGUGAGCGCAGCAGUGAUGCCGCCUGGUAUGCAGCCCAUUGAAUCAAUGCCAGGAGUGGAUAUGGGUUUCGACUUUGACGAUCUAUGGCCUACAUGGCAUCAUCCUGGUGGCACAAUGCCAAUAGGACACCACGUCGAGCCGGCGGAGAGUUAUGGCCACUAUACCCUAGGGCCGGCUUUGCCAGGCUUGGAAAAUACGCUGGCUGCGAACGUCAAUAUACCUCUCUACCCUGCUAGCGAUUUCCGAUGA